AUGUUAUCUCGUUUGUUUCACAUCAAUAAUCCUUCUUGCGGUGAAUCUGAAGCAGAAGGCCAAGAAAGCACAUCUUCUUUACUUUUUGAUGCAGAUAUUGUUACUGGAAUUGAUAAAAUCCUGUUGUGUGGGCCGCCUGAAGUUGGAAAAACCUCACUUCUUUUCGAAACGGCUCUGAGCUUUGCUGACGAAGGAAAACACGUCCUGUUUAUUUGUCCCAAAAAACUCUCAAAACUUCCUUUACUCGCUCAUGGAAGAACUCAGCCCUCAAGUGUUACUUUGAAGAACAUACAGAUGGUCUAUUUGGAAACGAAAGAGGAAUUUCUGAAUUACAUGGCGUCUAUCCACAUGUCGACAGCAAGAGUUUCUCAUGCUAUCAUUGUAGAUAAUAUUGAUGCCUAUUUUCCCGCCAAUAUGAGAAACGAAGAUUUGUCGUUAGUUGCCAAGAUUUUCGCUCUUACUGUGGAUGCUUUCCUGUUUCAAAAGUCCAAGCAAAUUGAUCAGCCCAAAGUCAAACAAUCUGGCAUGCUAUUGAUGUCAAUCACAGUUCCCACUGACACUAAAUCAGUUCCAAGACAAUCAUUUUAUGAACGCUGGGUACAGUUUGUCCUUCCGAUCCAGGUGAAGGCUGCAAAUCUCUAUGAGCUUUCAGUGCUACCUUCCAACUCAGAUGAUGGCUCUUCAUUGGCUAAUGUUGUUUACAAAAUAGCAGAUCAGAAUAUUGUUGUUCAAGACAUUGAUUAUUGUUCACAAUCUGGUGGUUCGUCAACAGAAAUGACUUCUUGACUUCUUCCAGUAGAGGCAUGGUGACGGAGAAAAUAGGUUUGGUAAUUACAUGCUUUAGAGGAUGAAAGCGUUGGAUUUUAGCCAAGAAUUGCCAAGACUUCCAUUUUAUAUAGCACCCAGCGCAGUGCUGUUCAGAUGUUGCAAAUUUCACGC